UACAGUAUCAGCGAGAAGUUAGGGUUUUUAUUCACAUUUGCAAAGCAGACAUUUUUAUUCCUUCAAAAUCCAUUUUCAGUCUCUUCACUCCAAUAAUUCAAACAUUCCUUAAGUGUUGUAUAUAUUUGGUAAGCACAUACCAGGUGCCGUUCAUAAGGACAUUUGAAGUAGUCCUAAGAAUUGAGGGAAAAACUCGCUCUCUUGGUACUAGACACGUGAAGAAAUGGAGUAGUUACUAGAGUUGCCCCUUUUACACUGAAAAUUGACAACUGACAAGCAUUGUCAAAUCGUGUUCCCUUUGUUGUGUGGCUGAAACUGAAUGGAGUAGUUGCUAGAGUUAUCCUUUAUUCUGAAAAUUGAGUAUUCAUAGAAGCAAGCACCAACAUAAUACUUGUGAGUGUUGUGAAGCAUAGCUAAGACGGGGUCCCUUUGUUGUGUGGCUGCAAGGCCACAUGGGUCCAAUGCAGCUAGUGGAGAAUGGUCCAUGGGGCCACAUGAGCCUUACUGGCGGACUAAUUCAAGCUUCUCCCCGGCACCAUCCAGAUGGGAUUUCCGCUUCCAACCUGAAACAUUAUCCUUUGGCUCUAAUGACGGAGUUCAAUUAUAUGGAUCUUCUGCUUCAUCAAACAGUAGAGAUAGUAGAAGUUGGGUGAGGGGGAACCAAUUGGCCAAUCACCAAUAUCUCAUAUCAGAUGGUGUUGGUGCAUACUGUAGUAGUCCAUCAGACAUCUCUCCGGCACAACAGUGGACUCCGCCAGCUAUCCAAGAAAUCAACAUUGAUGAUUAUGGUACUUCAAGAAGGGAUGCAAUCACGAGGCCAUUUUCAUUUUCACCCACAAUGGAGGGAACAUCAAUUGCUAGGGAUGGCAGAGGCUCAACUUCAUCCCGAUCAGACAGUAGUGACUGUGAUUCAAUCACCAAGUCCCAUUCAUCUUAUCGUAGCUUCCCAAGUCGCCGUUUCUUUAUGUCAAAACCCAUACAUCCUCUGUCAUUUUUAACUGAAACAACACCUAGAAGAGAAGCUAUUGACAGCCUCUCAGCUGGUUUUUUAGAAUUUGAUGCCUCAACACCACAAAGAGAUAAAUACCGCUUGAGCAGUGCUAGUGGCAGUCUUGACUUGACAGAGGCUUCUGAAUCUUUUCAAUCUGACUUUCUAAGUAAACCUUGUAACCCUUCAGAUGGUUUCAGAUGUGGGUUAUGUGAGAGAUUUCUUUCGCAAAGAUCACCUUGGAGUUCUCGACGAAUUGUGAGAAGUGGAGAUAUGCCAGUUGCUGGGGUUCUUUCAUGCCGCCAUGUAUUUCAUGCUGAAUGUUUGGAGCAAGCUACACCAAAAUCAUGUAAAAGCGAUCCUCCAUGCCCAAUCUGUGCCAAGCUUGAAGAGGGUAGUUCUCCAGAGCAGCGAGUUUUUUCCAAGUUCUUUCCUAGGCUUAAAACAUUCAGUGAAGAAGGACCAUCCAAGCCUUGGGGCUGUGCUCAUUCUGGAGAUUGUGUCGAAGGGGCUUUGCACGGACCAUCUCGUGGCACUAUGCUCUCACUAAACCAGAACCGAAUUAGGAAAAAUCUUUCUUUGAAGGGAAACUCAGGCAAGGAAUUUCCGGGGAAAUUAAGAAAAACUAAUACAUUUUCUUCACAGCUAUAUAUUGGAUCAGUUGAUCAUGCAAUGGUAGGAUCUUCAAAAGCAUCAUCAGCAUGUUCCGGGCUGAAGUAAUAACUGAAUUUUGUAUAUAAUUGCAGGCUGACGACCGUGGCCUUUGGUGGUUGGUGUCCUAAUCGUCUUUAACUGUUCCUGUUGUUAUUGAAUUAGAAUCUUUAGUGGCUUAAUCAUGUUGUAAAAUGUAAUGUAGUGGAAAUUGUGUUUGCACUUCAGAAGGAUCCACACAAAUUUUAUCUUUUGUGUAAGUUUAAAACUGAUCUUUGAUCAUUGAACCAGUAUAUGUAUUCAUAGUAUGGCGGAAAAUUGUGAUUUGCAAGCUGUAGGCAUUGAACAAAGUGUCGUUUGAUGGUUUGGUGUCUUUUGAUGGUUACUUGAAAAGUAGUAAAGUCGAAAACUUUCUAUAUUUGU